UGUAAACUCUCUGGACAAUGCAGGGCCACAUUUUUAAUGGAUUUUAGUCCUGAUGGAACCAAGGUGGCAUCCACACAUGGGGACCACACAGUGAGGGUAUCAGAGGUAGCCACCGGUAAAUGUCUCCACAUCUUGAGGGGCCAUCCUCGCACACCUUGGUGUCUGGCCUUCCACCCCUCAUCCAAUCAGAUCCUAGCCUCAGGUUGUCUGGGAGGAGAGGUUCGAAUAUGGGACCUACAUGGUUGUGGAACAGAGGUCUGGAGGUCAAAGGACAGCCAAGUCAUAACCUCUUUGACCUUUCACCCCACAGACCAUGUGUUGGUGUUUUCAGUGACCAAUCAUAUUUACUUCUGGGACUGGAGUCAACCAGACCCAUUUGUUGUCUGUAAAACUAAAUAUGAAUUCGAAAAAAUCAGAUGGGUGAAGUUUGACCCCCUGGGUUCAUACCUAUACACAGGGAUAGCCAACAACAUCACAGUAAGACCUACAUCCAGAGUGUCCUUUAUAAGCAGUAACAGUAACACCGCCCCACCUAACCCCCGGACCCAGCAGCUGGGUAAUGUGUACGAUGGUCUGGUGGAGUGUUUCCAGGCAUCGAGACGAGACAGAGUCCUGAACCAGACCGAGGGAGGACAGGAUCCUCCAUCCUCAUCUAGUGUUCAGCAUGGUGCUUCUAAUCACCCACACUCACCAGUUCAUGAGGAGGGACUCAACCUGGCACGGCAGUAUGCCUCUCACAUCACAGAGUCCUCCCAGAGAUCAACCUAUGGGGGGCCUCAGAGGACAGAUAUCCCCUCUGGUGCCUCUAACGACUCCUCUUCUCCUGACACUGACAUGGAUGUGAUUUCUAGUCCCGCAGAACCUCGAAUGUUGAGGAACCCUCCUAGAGCGGCCUCAGCCGAGAACGAUGUUAGCGGGGAGACGACCCCAGAUGUAUUGAGUACAGACAUUGAACCUAGUCAAACUAGGGCCGGGUCUAACAGUGACAGAACCUCAGGGACAUUGGUUGUCACAGAGAGGUCCCCAGAACAAGCCAGUCCCCCCUUUCAAUCCUUGGACCCUCCUCCAGGAGUUAGAAUUGUCUCUGAGUCACAAGCAAUGAAUGAAAAUGUCCACAGUAGGCUGGGUAAUCAAGUUCAUGCCUCAACUGUGGCAUUUAAUGUGGCACCCGAAGAGGAAAGGGCAGAGGAGAUUGUUAAUCUCAGUGAUAUAGCCUCAAGAGGACUGUCUGAUAGUGACCUAGCCACACGUGGUCUCUUUAGUAGUGACGUAUCCCAGCAUUCCAACUCCACGGACUGUGAACGAGAUAACUGUCCAGUCUGUGGGAACUUUAACACAAGACAUCUCAGGCGAGUGUGCGAGUCAGAGAUGUUUACACAGCUCCGAGCUAGACGCAGGAGUUUACAAAACUCAAUAAACAAUGCUUCAGCAAGGAGUGCAUUCUCUCGUCCGUACUUUUAUAACAGACAUGGUUCACUGAUCAGACCAGAAGUUCACUCCAUACAUGAUCCUAGUCAGUUAGGUGAGAUGCAUGAAAUAAGACGUGUGGAGAAUCCUAAUGCAGGUGCUUCUAAUGUGGAUAAUGCGACAUCUAAUAAUAAUAAUAAUGUACCUAGUAACACUGAGGGGGAUGCUCGUCUCACACAGGUUGGGGAUAAUAUUGACAUUUGUGCCAGCAUCCAUGAGAACUUUGCCUCCAUUACGGCCCGUAUAGAGAGGGAGAUGAAUGAACUAGACAGAAGAAUAAACAAUCUGAGAAAUACAUUUAACGAGAGUCUAAGAAGAUUACAGCAUCAUCGAGUGUCUUUCUUGUCGGCCAGGGAGGGGGAUGUAAAUGGACGUCGACCAACAUCAUUUCUCGUGGCCAGACACGUCCCGCAAGCAGAAGGAGCCUCAGCUAGCCGAUCAGAAGACAGUACGCAUUCCAUGGAGAGGGGACAACACUUGCUGGAGACAGCACUAAGGUCAUCUCAGCAGGACAUUACUAGUACUCACACACACAGUGCUCCUCGAGAUCCAGACUCAUCCCAGAACUGGCAGUCCCUGGAGCGCCACCAUCUCCACCCCCACUACUCCGUCAGUAUCCUAGACAACACGAUUAAUCGACCAAAUGACCCGAUUCAAUCCGCCAUCAACAGAGCCAUAGCAGAUGCUUUUAUGGGGCGUGGAGAGCCUGCGGUGGCAGCCAACAUUAUUAAUCACACGUAUCGUAUCCAGGCCUGGGACUUCACCAAAUGUUGUAUACCGGAUCUCACAGACACCAAGUCCAACAUUAUUGUACAGCACUGUAAACUUCACAAUGAGGCCAGCUGUAAUUUGUCCCAGGACGGCACCAUGCUGGCGACCUUUGUACCGAGCCACAGAGGUUUCCCUGAUGACAACAUCCUGGCCGUGUACUCCCUGGAGACCAGGACAAGGGGGCAGUGUCUCUACACCAAAAGCUUUGGACCAAAUGCCAUCUCUGUGAGCUUGUCACCAGGGUGUGACUAUGUCAUGGUUGGAUUGGCUGCCAAACAGCUCUCUUGGGUAUUCACACCCAAUCAGUUGGUGGCCCAGAUCUUGAAGUUGGAAAACAAACAUGCUGGUGAAAAGUCAAUGCAGCAUGUAACUGAUGUGAUGCAUCCUUGUGACAUGGACAUUCGGACCCAUGUAAGUGUGAACUCGACACGGUGGCUGCCUGAGUCAGGGGAGGGGAUUGUGUAUGGAACCAAUAGAGGGGACCUACACAUCUGUAGACCAGGAACUAAAAUGUCCACAAAGGGGGAUAACUCUGAUGACCGAUCCAUCAGGAGAAAUUUAAUGCACAUGCUCAGAAUGUCUGGAGAACAGGAAGUAUCUCGGAUUAACUCGUCCACACAGACACCAGGAGUUAGACGGAGCGCGGCCACCCAGACAGACACAGAAGAUAGCACGUAAUGGGAGAGUACUACUACUCUGGAGUGAACGGGAAAAUAUAAUUAUUGUCUUGAAUAAAAUUCAAGGUCAUUAAGCUUAGGACAUAUUUAAGUUUGAUGUAGUAUAACAUAAAAUUUUGUUGUGAUGUUCAUGUAAUGAUUUUGUAUUUGUCAUUUGUCUUGUUCUGGACAAUAUGUAUCAGGGGAACAUUAUUUCUGAGGAAUAGAAUAAUUCAGUUUUAUCCCUUGUUUGUUACUGGAGACAUCUUGUUAGCAGUUUGCUUUUCCUCUUAGGUUUAUUCUUAAAAUUGUGCCAUUAGCAACGACUUGUUUAAAGGCAGCCAAGUGAAAAGGAAAGGGGGGUAAAACUGGUUCCCAUUUUCAUUAGGAAGAAGCUUGACCUGGAUUUAAUCACAAGAUAACAACUUUCCUGUUGAUCCAAGAAGCGUUGGGGGGGGGGGGGGGCAGGGCCUCAUGUAACAAAGAAUUAAUUGUAGAUCAAAAACUUUAGUCAUUGCAAAAUCUUCCAAAACUUUAUUCUUAUCUCAAAAAUUUCUUUUAAAAAAAAUCAGCUAGAAUUAUUUGUAAAAUAAAGGGAACACCCCUGGUGGAAAAUCAUUUUAAAAUUAAUUUAGAACAGAGAAUUGUUUGCAAAAUUACAUUUCGUUUUUAUUCAUAAGUGAUUUUGUAAAAUAGGCACCUUUUUAUUGCCAAUUUUUUAAAAAUUGUUUUUCUCCAAGUUUAUGUUGUUAGUUAAUGUAGAAUUAUGUGAAUGAUAAGGCCAUGCAAAGUUAAUUCCUUGGUUCUCAGGCCUUAUUUCAAGAAAUAUGAUGAGGGAUGGAGUUUUUUUUUCUUACUUUUUACUGCCCCCUAAACAUGCUGAGACAGCUUUUUACAUUGUACAAAACCUCAAAAAAUGAUGAGGGAGGUGAUUUGUUUUUUUUUUUAUUUUAUUGAUUUAGCAAUAAAAAGGGUCAAUGAGACACCCUAGGAAGAGAUGAGGGAGGGCCUGAGAACCAAGAAAUUAAUUUUUUUGGCCUAAAUAUAUUUAUUUAUAUUACUGGAUGUUUAUGAAACAUAAAUUUUGCCUUCAUUAGCUUAAACAUUAGCAUAAAAAGGUUACUUAAUGUGGGUGAUAAACCUAUGUCUAUAGUUGAUAAAUUUGGACAGAAAGCUUACAGAUCCAAGCAUUGAAAAAAAUUGCUUGGAUCUGUUACUCUGAAUUUUCUCAACUACAGUUCUGCAGUUGUGAUGAGUGCUGAAGAAAUGAUGCUGUUGUUUAGAAGCAAGUUUAUAAUACGUUAUCAUGAUUAUUUUAUCAAAGACAGACAUGUAAACUUUGUGUUCUGCUGUUCUAAAGAUGAAAGAAGGAGGCAAAUGCCAAAAUGACAGAAAUCUGUCUUUAAAGAUAAGUUACUCUAAAAAAAAAAAAACUAGUAAAUGUGGACCUAGAUAUAUUGUCAUUGUAAAUGAUUUGUUUUAUUGUCUUGUUUUGUUAUGGAUCAUUUUA